AUGGAGAUGGGCAAACAGAUUCAUUUAGAGCUGUAGAACAGGACGCCCUCUGAUGUGAAAGAACUUCUCCUGGACAACAGUCAGUCGAGUGAAGGCAAAUUGGAAGGCCUCACAGAUGAAUUUAAAGAACUGGAAUUCUUAAGUACAAUCAAUGUAGCCCUCACCUCAAUCGCAAACUUGCCGAAGUUAAACAAACUUAAGAAGCUUGAACUAAGCAGUAACAGAGCCUCAGGGGGGCUAGAAGUAUUGGCAGAAAAGUGUCCGAACCUCAUACAUCUAAAUUUAAGUGGCAACAAAAUUAAAGACCUCAGCACAAUAGAGCCCCUGAAAAAGUUAGAAAACCUUGAGAGCUUAGACCUUUUCAACUGUGAAAUCCAAAAU